GUGUAAAUCAAUUUUCUCGAUUCAUGAAAAUGGGGACUACACAACCACCCUAUCUCAACCAGACCUGUAACAUCAUGGGUUGAAUUGACACGAAGGGCAAUUCAAAAUCUUUCCAGACUGUAUAUAAUUCCUACUAAACAGUUUUGGGAGUAUAGAACAUGACAAGAUGGAUCAAAAGAAAUAUUUCUGUCCAAGACUUUUGGAUUACGUCAUCAUCGUCGGGUCACGACAUCCAAACCGUAAUAAUUCUGUCGCACAGACACCCGAGUUAUUGCGUCGUUAUCCUAUAGAGGAUCAUAAAGACUUUCCGUUACCGGCAGAUGUGGUGUUUUUCUGUCAACCCGAAGGAUGCAUCAGUGUGGGACCAAAACGUAUGAGUCUACGGGAAUCGACGUCAUUCGUCUUCUCCUUAACAGAAAAGGACAGCGCACGAGUGCGAUAUGGAAUAUGCAUGAAUUUCUAUCGACCAUUUGAACGUAAAGCUCACACACGCAGUGGGGAUGGCGAAUCUUUAGAUAAUCAGAAAUCACGAUCGCCGCGGACUCGACACCACAAGGCGACUAGCCGUGUACGCAAUAACACAUUGACAUCAUUAUGUAUCAUAAGUCAUCAUCCUUUCUUUUCUACCAUUCGUGAGUGUUUGUUUACACUUCGGAAGCUGAUCGAUGCAUGCAAUGAGCGCUCGUGCAGCAAGAGAAUUGGUGGCUCAAGAGCAUUAUCCAGGGAUACUGUAUGGGGAGCCAUGACAUGUCACGGAACGUCAGAAAACACACCUAGUUUAGUGUUACACGAAGUGCGUGAGAUUGAGACGUGGAUACUGAGACUGCUGAGUGCCCCUGUCCCAGUGCCAGGCAAGACACGUGUCGAGUUGAAUGUGUUGCCUUCGGAGAUCCAGCCAACGCUAGUGUUUGCCCUUCCGGACCACACGCGCUUAUCCCUGGUCGACUUCCCACUUCAUCUGCCCUUAGAACUUCUCGGUGUUGACACGUGUCUGAAGGUGUUGACAUGCAUUAUCCUCGAACAUAAGAUUGUUCUCCAGUCUCGAGAUUACAACGCCCUGACGAUGAGUGUGAUGGCGUUUGUGUCGAUGCUUUACCCCCUUGAAUACAUGUUUCCAGUCAUCCCUCUCUUACCCACAUGCAUGAGCUCAGCAGAACAGCUGCUGCUCGCACCGACACCCUAUAUCAUUGGGGUGCCUGCAUCCUUCCUCAUGUACAAAAAUCAAUUCCGUCUCCCAAAUGAUGUGUGUCUAGUUGACCUUGAUGCCAAUAAGAACAACUGUGUUGAUGAUGAAAACAUGGUUGAAGCGAUAACAGUGCCUUCAGGAGCUGAUGAGCUGCCUCCCCUACCAGAACCAGAGGGCACAGUCCUCAAGAACCAUCUCAGACAGGCCUUAGCCAGCAUGAGCAUGAGUCCUCAGCCAAUCAAGAACUUGGAUGCAGUCGCCCAGAACCCAGACAUGUGGAAGCGGCGUGACAGUUUCUCCUCCCAUACGGGGUUCAACCCUCUCAUCUAUGGUAAUGAUGUGGAUUCAGUUGACGUGGCAACCAGGGUUGCUAUGGUGCGAUUUUUCAACUCGCCGAAUAUCCUUGGUAACUUCUGUGAGCAUACGCGGACGUUGCGGCUGUAUCCCAGACCUGUUGUAGCAUUCCAGUUCUUUAGCUUCAUGAAGUCUCGGCCAGUCAAAACACUGUUCACGGCGAGGUUAGCAAGAACUCAGGCCGUAGAAUACUUUGCAGAGUAUGUUCUCUGCCCCUACAACGUGGUGUUCCUGCGGGUUCACACCGGGGUGUUUGACCCGGCGCUCAUCGGAGACAAGCCGAGAUGGUAUAGCAAUGGCUUACAGAAGAUCGAGUUCAACGUGUAUGAUGCUGAGAACUCAUCGCUGGGAGCCGCACUGACCAGCAGCAUGCAGGCACCUAACAGUGAUGAGUACCCUACGGAUGAGAGCGGUAGUGAUAGUGAUGGUGCUGAAAGUACGAGUUCUUCCUAUUCUAGUCUGAGUGACUUCGUGACGGACAUCAUGAACAGUGAUAUCAACGGAGAUACACCAGCAAUUUACCCAGAGGACCAGGUGCUCUCCGUGGACCAGACGACAUUGUUUACACCUCCCAGCAAGCUCCAGGUGCCAGAUACCCCCGUCACAAACAGUGACUCAGCAUUCUCACUGCCAGAGAGUGACCUGAGCUCUGAUGAGUCAUCUAGUCCUUCAUAUACCAAGGGGGAUGCUGAUCCUGAUCCUGACAUGGAUGAUAAGGAUGCUCUGCACUUCCGGUACGAUUCUGGUAGUGAGGUGAUGCCACUGGAUGCUGAGGGCAACCCAUUGAGAGAGCCUGGGGAACCAAUCUCACGCCCCACUGGACCAUCCACUGCACCAGUACCAGUUAACAAGCCUCCGAACCCAGCUGUGCAGCAACAGAUGCCACCUCGGCAGUCAAGCACUGGCAAGGCCCCCAGGUCACCGGUGCCUCCCCCUAGGCCCCCUCUACCAUCACAACAAUCACUACAGAAGUACCAGUCUAUGGACCGCGACAGCCCACCACUGGAGGGGGGUGGCAUCAAACGAGCAGGGCAGCCAGCACCUCUUCAAGGAGUCCCGGCCAGGCCGAGCCAGUCUACGCCUAAUACACCAAUGCCUGGUCGACACCCCGGAGUUGUAGAUACAAAGAGUGCCUCCCAUCUGCAAGUGAACCAUACACCAUCUGCGGCAUCACAACCGACCACCCCUACCAGGAAGACAGGCAACUUUAGGAUCCCGCAAGAGUCCGACUCUGACCGGGGCACCACGCCAUCUUCCAUCAUGUCGUCCAUCAGCAAUGGCAUGGACGGCAUCGCCCAGCAGGCCAGUAACACGAUAUCAGAGUUAUUUGGGGGCUCAUCCACAUCUACAAAACCAGCCCCUCCACCCCCUCAGCCACCAGUCGCACAGCCUGCCCCCAAGCCAGCUAAGCCCUUUGCUCCCCUCGGUAAUAGAAAGGCGCUGGUGGAGAAGUCGGGCCUUGUCAAGCAUGCCACAAGCAAGAAAGGUGUGCAGAGACAGUCAUCAACGGACUCAAGGACAAGUACACAUAGUGAGAACCAGCAAUUCUUGAAAGACAUCGUGUCGAGCGUUCUCGAUGGGUCCGGAGUCGGCUGGCUGAAGCUGAACAAACUCAAGAAACUCAUGGAGGAUGAAAACUAUCGUAACUUUGUCGUCAGCCGCCUGAAUACAUCGCUCGAUAGAAAGCUGACAGAUGAAGACGUUCAUGUGGAGGAUGUGUGUGUCUCUAAACAAGUGUUCAAGGGCAUGUUGACGGUGCUGAGAGCCCUCGUAGCUGGCCUCUACCACACGUACAGAAACCAUGGCAUUGGUGGUAUGGCGAGCACAUUCAUGAUCAUGGAGAUAGCACACACACAUUACUGGGCAAGGGAACUCAGUAGUAAUAAGAGUGAUAGUAGUAGCUUGUCACAGGGUAGUUCACCGUUCGGCAGUCAGGAGAGCUUGGCAUCCAAGGCUCGAGACCACAGUCUCCCAGAAGAAGCCAUGAUCACUCUCGGUCGUUUUGUUCCCGGGUGGCGGUCCAAUUCCCUCUUUUCCACCACCUCAUUAUUUGAUCAGCCCCCCUCACCGAAUGCCCAAGAACCAGAACCAGGGUCUCCCGUGGUGUUCAAUGGCGAUGAAUUUGAGAAUAUCGAGUUAAAGCCAAAGGGAAAAGUGAGUCUCGGUGAUAUCAGGGAUGUGGACAAUAACCGACAGGACUUGUCAGAAACGCAACGCAAUCUCGACAACUUGAACAUUAAUAAAGCAGAGGUGUCGGAAGGUGGCGACAUUUUACGGGACUUAGUGAAAAAUAAAGACUUGAUGAAAGGGCGACAUGGUGGUUUGCCAAAGUUCAGUAGCAUGGACUCGGAGAUGUCUGAAGCGAGUACUUUGAUGAGUACUGGGUCCGAGGUUGAUGGAACAGAACGGAAGAAGACACGGAUCAAUCAUCACACGAUAAAGCAAAGUGACGCGUCAGAUGCUGAAACUGAGACACCUGGGGGUCAUAGAGGUUCAUUAGGAGAGAGUAUGCUUUUUAACCUGAAAGGUCGCCGGAGGUCGAACAGUGUUUGGAGCAGUAAAAGCAGCUUCAGUACCGGUUUCCGCUAUCAUGAGGGCAAGCUAAUUAACAUAGGCUCACUGCCGAGUCCAGAUAACGUUGGGCGGACGUACCUCUUCGAGGGAUUGUUGGGCAAGGAGCGAUGCCCGCUUUGGGACCAUGUGCAAUUUUGGGAGGAUGCGUUCUUGGAUGCUGUGGCCCAGGAGCGUGACAUCAUCGGACUGGACCAGGGGCCGGCGGAAAUGAUGGAAAGGUACGUCUCCCUCGGAGAUGGGGAGAAGAAACGUCUUGAACAUGAUGAAGACCGUCUGCUCUCCAUCAUCCUGUACAACAUGGUCGGCUUCAUGACCAUGAUGCAAGUGGAAAAGAACGAGGUGAAGAAGAAGAUACGUCGUAUGCUGGGCAAGUCGCACAUCGGUUUGAUCUACAGCCAGGAUGUCAAUGAUCUCUUGGAUCACGUUGCCAAUCUGUAUGGUAACGACAUCGACCUGAAGCCAAUGGGUAGUCGCAUGAUGCAGAAACAGUCAUUUACGGUGCACUGGGGCACUGAUAAUACAGGAGAUAUGCUAUUUAUGGAGGUCUGUGAUGAUUGUAUAAUAUUACGUAGUGUUACCGGCGCCAUCUGUGAUCGGUGGUGGUAUGAGAAGCUUGUCAACAUGACGUACUGUCCCAAGACGAAGGUGUUGUGUUUGUGGAGGAGGCAUAGCGGGCAAACACAGCUCAAUAAGUUCUAUACAAAGAAGUGCCGUGAGCUGUACUACUGUGUGAAGGAAGCUAUGGAGAAAGCAGCAACAAGAAAUAAUGGAAAAAUACCAGGUCCCGAGUUAGGUGGCGAGUUCCCCGUACAGGACCUCAAAUCAGGCCAGGGGGGCCUGUUGCAGGUGUGCAUGGAAGGCAUUGGACUUCUCUUUGCGAAUAGCAAGUUCUUUGUUGACCUAAGUCGUAUCAAGAAAUGUUACACCCAGAAAGGGGCAGUGUUUGUCCUAGAGGAAUUUGAUCCCAAAACUAGGAAAGUAAUCCUCAGAAAGUACAAGUCAAACAUGGCCAACCAAAUCUGUUAUGCAGUGUUGUGCGUCUUCUCUUACGUUGCCGCCGGAAUUGAUAACCAGAAACAGGGUGAGGCUCAGCACGGUGGAAUCGACAACCUCAAACACCAACUUGGCGUAAUGGACAACCAAAAGCAACAGUUGGUCAUUGAUAAUAAUAAUCGCGACACCUCCUAGCAUUGGCUAUCAAUUAGACUCUUUAUUAAUUGGCAUGGUUGUGAGUCUCGCUGCGAAUAUGGAGACAUCUGGCCGAGAUUUGACCUGACAAGGAGAAGGGUGCCUCAGGCAAUGUCCGUGGGUUAACCGUACAAGAUACCAGUGGUGUAGUACUCACCUUGUUAUGUCAUGGGUUGGAAUCCUGUCCAAGCCACAUUGUAAGAUUGGAUGACUGCUCAACCACAAGGCACCCUUCAUCUUUCAAGGCCGACACCCGACAGACCUUUAUCAAUUGAAUCUUCUUGGAAUCCUUUAUGUAUCUGCCGGCAGAUAAUGCUUGAAUCAAUCACAAGGUGGUAGCACCUGUUGCCAGAAUAUCUCCACUUGGUCUUUCCACUUAUGAUGACCUGUCCACUUGACCAUAGUAUUAUGAACUGAUUGACUCUAACUAGACCUCUGUGUGCCAUACACAAAAUGCUUCCAGUUGACACUCCAGUGUAUAUCAUUACCUAGAAGUUGAGGGUUCAUUUGAAUAUCUUAACAGCACCUUUUGAAAGCUUCGUGAGUUGGGAAAGUGCCGACUUGGAUUCAAACAUUGAGUAUGGCAGGCUCAUCUUCAUUUUCACUUCAUGCCAAUCAAUCACGUUCCAUUUUCUGAAAGCCAUUUCUUAAUCAUACGAGAAAAAAAUAUAAUUAUUUUAUUGGUCUUUAUCUUUUAUAAGUAUAAAUAUUACUUGUGAGUCUUUCUGAACAUUUUAAAACUCUAAGUGUUAUUGAUGAUUGUUAAAAUUACAGGGUCUGGUUAUUCAAGAGGUAUUAGGUGAUGUUACGAUGCUCUGCGGGAUCUAACCAGUUCCUGCAAGAUCCACACCAGUGGGUGUCUACAGCAAGUCUACAGCAAGUCUACAGCAAAGUCAGUGUUCUACUGAGAAUGUAGGUUUCACAGGUGAUACCUCUUGAAUAGCUUUGCCAUGAGGAGUGUGUUGUGUUGUAUUUCUCAAACAUAUAACGCAGGGUAUAUGUCAUUUAUAGCCAAUGUCUAGGAGUGGUUGUUGCCGAUAUGACCAGUCCAGCUCGGUUGUGUACCAUUUACUGCUGUUUAUUUUACCAGGAACAGUGCCAUCUAAAAGGUUGUGCCGUCAUUGAUGGUUGUCAGUAUUUCUGCCCAUUGGCGGAUUUGUUUCAUUGUCUCUUGUACAUGUAGAUGUUACAGUUUGUGUUUCACCAAAAUCAUGUAAGAUACAUUGUCAUUAGCCUUGAAACAGAAGGAAUGAGUAGGUUACCCAUCGUAGAACUAUUGGGCUACCAAGACUGCUUUACGCUCAUUCCCAUUUUCAUGAUCUUUAUCCUUUCACGAUAAAAUUAAUUUCAUUGCAAGUUGACAUGAAUCUAUUUAAUCUUUCAGAAUUUCUGUGCUACAUGUAUGUUCUGUACUAGUCUCUGAUUACACACGUGUUCUCCAGGUGUAUUAGAGCAGAUUGGUGGCUCCACUGCAUUGGUAGGAUCACCAUGAUUACUGGAAGCCCUGCUCAAAACAUAAUGGAGAACACCUGACAUGUGUACUGCCUCACAGCUCAGUGUUCAAGUGUGGGUCAUGUUGACAUUAUGUAUGUUAACUCAUGCAUGAAUGAUCUGCACUUGGAUUGAGUUGAAGCGGCCUUCUGUAAACUAGUCAUGUCCGACUCACCUUUGUCUCUUCUUAUAUCAAUGAUACAGUAUUUCUUGUUGAACUGCUGCAGUUUGGUCGGCCAUGUUUUACGAAUUAUCACUUGCUGCACAGCAGCUCUUGACCCAAUUAUCUUCAACGUUGACCACGAUAUUUCAAAUAUCACGGUGGUCUGCCUUAAAUAACGGGUCAAUUGAUAUUGUAAAUGAUGUGUCGCUGGCCAUCAGUUUGGUGCAGAUAUUGGGAUAACAUAGUCAUUCAAAGUGUUUAGCUAUAUUAUAUAGUCCACCAUUGUCCAUUUUGACACCUCUGUAUAGAUAGCUGUAAACUCACUGUAUGCAUAGGGUUUUUUCUUUGCAUUAGGCAAACAGCAAGCCUUUCCUAAAAGCCAAAAGCCCCGAAGAUCAACCCUUGGGCUGGUUGAACACCAAAUAACACUUCAGAACAAUGCUAGAUGUGGAAUUAGUCAAGGUAGCUCAAGAAGCAUGCAGCUUUCUAAUAAUAAGCAACAAGAUCAUUUUAUGAUUUCCUUGAAUUUUGACAACAGUGUCAACGUCAUGUGUCAGUUGUGAAAUAUUCGAGGAGACCUUCAUAAAUGUGAUGAAUGGGAAGAGAGAUAUCUAUAGAUCUAAAGUGGAGUAGAAGAUACCAAAAUAAUAAAAGUCGUUUCCAUGUCAGUUGAUAAGAUUACCAUGGGCUUUUACCUUAAAGUUGUUGUGCAAUAAAACACUGGUCAAAACUUUCAACAAGCUUGAAAGUUUAAAUAUUUCUGUACGUUUUGUAAAUAAUUGGAUUGAUUUGCUUCUGUUGGCUCAGAGUCAUCUGUACAUACGGCAGUAUGAUGAUUGACUAUUGUUAUGUAGUCGUUAGUUAGGUUUGAGGUUUUGAUAAUACUCAGUCAAGAUAGGAUAUACAUCUACAAUAAACUGAACAUUCCCUCAUUGUUUUGAUUCCUGGUUUCCAAAGUUUUGUGUGAUUAUAGUGUUGGCUACAUUUAUUCAUUUGUAACUAUAGUGACCACCUUGUACAACCAUUGGAUGGUUACUUGUUUCUAUAGCGACCACCUUGUACAACCAUUGGAUGGUUACUUGUUUCUAUAGCGACCACCUUGUACAACCAUUGGAUGGUUACUUGUUUAAGGACAUUCCAAUUUCCCAGUGUUUUUGUUGAUGGUUGAAAUAUCCCUUUGAUUCUUCCGAAGAAGAAGUUUAGAAAAUAUUGAAAGAAAUUGAAAAGCUAUUGAAAAACAUCUUCUGGAUUUAGAGUGUGUAAUUCUUGUCAUUGACAAGAGUUCACUGUUAGAAUAUUCAUUCCAAUGUAAUCAGAAGAACUGCAGAGUUAAUUAGAAAAUCUAAUAUAAACAAUUUGUUAAUUAGUUGAUUAGUUAUGGAUAGAUUCGUGAAUAAUUAAACUAUGCAGGAAACUUUAGGUCAGCAUGUUGAUAACUAUGUACAAUGUAGAUGGUAAUGUGUAGAAGUUGUUGUUGAACUUGAAGUACGAUUGAUCAUUAUAUUGGAUGUGUAAAAACCUUUUGUUAUGUUGGCAAUCUGUGUAAACCUCGUCAUAACAAAGACAAGAAAAAUGUAAGAAUUGGCUGAAAGGAGUAGUGCCUUGAGAUAAUGUAGGGCCUACUGGCACUAACGUGAUCCAGUUGACAGUGUUCCUGUGUAAGAAAAGUUCUUGGGUAGAUCAGAGGAUGUUGACAAACGUUUUGCAAACUGUUUGUGGAAACCUGCCAGACAACACCUAAAUCUGUCCCUGAUAGAGAGAAAUGAUCAGAAGCCGACUGGACCAGAAGUUGCCUCGGCAUAGAUGAAUAUUCAGGGACAAUGAGAAUUGAGAUGUAGUCUUGGGUUAAGUCGUUGUUUAUAUUAUUUGUUCUUGUACAUAUUCGGCCACCCUGUGAUGCCAGCAGUAGGAAAGUUGUGAUCUAACGAUAGAUUGUAUACCUAUUGUAGUGUCUUGUAAAAUAAGCGGAGAGGUUCCCGGGCCCCCCACUACCUAAGGUAAUGGCCUCGCUGUACCACUCUUGUCGGGUCUUUUUCAGGAGGGCACCUGGGGAAAUAAUCUUCCAACAGAGAAAACUUGAAAAGGGUGUGAUUUUAGCAGUCCUGCAACAUUGAAAAUUCCGUGUAAUGGGGGGGGGGGGGGGUCCGAAGAUGGGGGUGACUUCUAAAAUCCAGGUAAGAGCACAUGGGCCUGUACCCUUUUAACUGAGUGAGGGGCUCAGGAGACAGGAGAGGUUAUAUGGUUUGAUAAUAAAACAACAAGAAAUCCA